GUGUGAGAUGCACAGUGCGAAACCUAGGCCCCAGCUUUUGCACCAUGAUGCACAGGGUUGUACUUUUUGUACUGAACUGAUAGGUGGCCUAGUGGUUAUGCCCUGUACUGCCAGUUUGAGGAUCUGGACUCCGUUUCCUGCCUUGCUCUUUGGACUGCAUUGUCAAUUCACACCGGACUCGGUGGUGCCAUCCUGACUGGGUAGCUUUGCAGAGAGACUGCGAUAGACAAGGCCCAGCUGGUGUUCGGUGUAUGAUCAGGUCCUACAGACCUUACCUUGGACUGUUAGACUGUCACUCAUUAUUGGGCUCUCCAUCAUCCUGACCCAGAAGGACCUGAGCACAGCCUCUGAGUGGAUCCAGGACUUUUGGCAGUGACUGUUCCAAGUGAUUGUAAUUACUUUCUACUUUCUCAGUCCAUGGAUUCUGCUCAGUGCUGCUCAGGAUCUUCUAAAGCCUGCAGCAGCCACCGUGUAUUCUGUGAUGCCAACAGCUUUCCCUAUCCAAGUGUUUGUUCUGUGACCUGUAUGAGUGCCUUUGCCCUGAUGUGUUGCCACCUGAGGAGCAAGUCACAUCACCAUUGGGGACUUGGGCUUGAGAAAUAGACAGAAACUGUUACCGAGUGCAUUGUUGGCUUCUGUGAGUGCUGUAGCAGUGAUUAGGAAACUAUGUUCCAACUUCCUGUCAACAAUCUUGGCAGUUUAAGAAAAGCCCGGAAAACUGUGAAAAAAAUACUUAGUGACAUUGGGUUGGAAUACUGUAAAGAACACAUAGAAGAUUUUAAGCAGUUUGAACCUAACGACUUUUAUUUGAAAAACACUACAUGGGAGGAUGUAGGACUGUGGGACCCUUCGCUUACAAAAAACCAGGACUAUCGGACAAAACCUUUUUGCUGCAGCGCUUGUCCAUUUUCCUCAAAAUUCUUCUCAGCCUACAAAAGUCAUUUCCGGAAUGUCCAUAGUGAAGACUUCGAAAAUAGAAUUCUCCUUAAUUGCCCCUACUGUACCUUCAAUGCAGACAAAAAGACUUUGGAAACACACAUUAAGAUAUUCCAUGCUCCAAACUCCAACGCACCAAGUAGCAGCCUCAGCACUUUCAAAGAUAAAAACAAAAAUGAUGGCCUUAAACCUAAGCAGGCUGACAGUGUAGAGCAGGCUGUUUAUUACUGUAAGAAGUGCACUUACCGGGAUCCUCUUUACGAAAUAGUUAGGAAGCACAUUUACAGGGAACAUUUUCAGCACGUGGCAGCACCUUACAUAGCAAAGGCUGGAGAAAAAUCACUUAAUGGUGCAGUUCCUCUGGGCACAAAUGCCCGUGAAGAGUGUAAUAUUCACUGCAAGCGAUGCCUUUUCAUGCCAAAGUCCUAUGAAGCUUUGGUACAACAUGUCAUCGAAGACCACGAACGGAUAGGCUAUCAGGUCACUGCCAUGAUCGGACACACAAAUGUGGUGGUUCCCCGAUCCAAACCCUUGAUGCUGAUUGCUCCCAAACCUCAAGAGAAAAAAGGCGUGGGACUCCCACCAAGAAUCGGCUCCCUUGCUUCUGGAAAUGUCCGGUCCUUGCCAUCACAGCAGAUGGUGAAUCGACUAUCAAUACCAAAGCCUAACUUAAAUUCCUCUGGAGUCAACAUGAUGUCCAACGUUCACCUGCAACAGAACAGCUACGGAGUCAAGUCUGUGAGUCAGAGUUACGGUGUUGGACAAUCCGUGCGGCUGGGUCUGGGUGGCAAUGCGCCAGUUUCCAUCCCUCAGCAGUCUCAGUCUGUGAAGCAGUUGCUUCCGAGUGGAAAUGGAAGGUCUUAUGGGCUUGGGGCAGAGCAGAGGUCUCCAGCCCCAGCCAGAUACUCCCUGCAGACUGCUAAUGCCUCUUCCCUCCCGUCAAGCCAGUUAAAGUCUCCUUCCAUUUCCCAGUCACAGGCAUCUAGAGUGUUGAGUCAGUCCAGUUCCAAGGCUCCAGUACUUGCCGCAACCCCUCCCCCAAGCAACCAUUGUGCAACUCAGAAGUGGAAAAUAUGUACAAUCUGUAAUGAGCUUUUUCCUGAAAAUGUCUAUAGUGUGCACUUCGAAAAGGAACAUAAAGCUGAGAAAGUCCCAGCAGUAGCCAAUUACAUUAUGAAAAUACACAAUUUUACUAGCAAAUGCCUCUACUGUAAUCGCUAUCUGCCCACAGAUACCUUGCUCAACCAUAUGUUAAUUCACGGCCUGUCAUGUCCAUAUUGCCGUUCAACCUUCAAUGAUGUGGAAAAGAUGGCUGCACACAUGAGAAUGGUUCACGUUGAUGAAGAGAUGGGACCUAAAACAGAUUCUACUUUGAGCUUUGAUUUGACAUUACAGCAGGGCAGCCACACCAACAUCCAUCUCCUGGUAACCACAUACAACUUGAGGGAUGCCCCAGCUGAAUCAGUUGCUUACCAUGCCCAAAACAAUGCUCCAGUUCCUCCAAAGCCACAGCCAAAAGUUCAGGAAAAGUCAGAUGCCCCUGUUAAUAAAAGUUCACCUCAAGCUGCAGUACCGUAUAAAAAAGAUGUUGGGAAAACCCUUUGUCCUCUUUGCUUUUCGAUCCUAAAAGGACCCAUAUCUGACGCGCUUGCACAUCACUUACGAGAGAGACAUCAAGUUAUUCAGACAGUUCAUCCAGUUGAGAAAAAGCUCACCUACAAGUGUAUCCACUGCCUUGGUGUGUAUACCAGCAACAUGACCGCCUCAACCAUCACUUUGCAUCUAGUCCAUUGUAGGGGCGUUGGAAAGACCCAGAACGGCCAGGAGAAGACAAACGCACCUUCUCGGCUCAAUCAGUCUCCAGGCCUGGCCCCUGUGAAGCGCACCUAUGAGCAGAUGGAGUUUCCCUUGAUGAAGAAGCGGAAGCUAGAUGACGAUAGUGAUUCCCCCAGCUUCUUUGAAGAGAAGCCCGAAGAGCCAGUGGUUUUAGCUUUAGACCCCAAGGGUCACGAAGAUGAUUCUUAUGAAGCCAGGAAAAGCUUUCUAACAAAGUACUUCAACAAGCAGCCCUAUCCCACCAGGAGGGAAAUAGAGAAGCUGGCAGCCAGCCUGUGGCUGUGGAAGAGUGACAUUGCCUCUCAUUUCAGUAACAAGAGGAAGAAAUGUGUUCGUGAUUGUGAGAAGUACAAGCCUGGUGUGCUGCUGGGCUUCAACAUGAAAGAACUAAAUAAAGUCAAACACGAGAUGGAUUUCGAUGCCGAGUGGCUGUUUGAAAAUCAUGACGAGAAGGACUCGAGAGUCAAUGCCAGUAAGACUGCUGACAAAAAGCUCUCCCUUGGGAAGGAAGAUGACAGCUCCUCAGAUAGCUUUGAAAAUUUGGAAGAAGAAUCCAAUGGGAGCGGAAGCCCGUUUGACCCUGUUUUUGAAGUUGAGCCUAAAAUCCCUAGUGAUAACCCAGAGGAACAUGUGCCCAAGGUAAUUCCUGAGGACGCUUUAGAAUCUGAGGAAAAGCUAGACCAAAAAGAGGAGGAUGGUUCAAAAUAUGAAACUAUCCAUUUGACUGAGGAACCAACCAAACUAAUGCAUGAUGCCUCUGACAGUGAGGUAGACCAAGAUGACGUUGUUGCGUGGAAAGAUGGCGCUUCACCAUCUGAGAGUGGGCCUGGUUCCCAACAGAUGUCGGACUUUGAGGAUAACGCAUGUGAAAUGAAACCAGGAACCUGGUCUGAUGAGUCUUCCCAGAGCGAAGAUGCAAGGAGCAGUAAGCCAGCUGCCAAAAAAAAGGCUUCCAUGCAAGGUGACACAGAGCAAUUGAAAUGGAAGAAUAGUUCCUAUGGAAAAGUUGAAGGGUUUUGGUCCAAGGACCAGUCACAGUGGGAGAAUGCAUCUGAGAAUGCUGAGCGCUUAUCGAACCCCCAGAUUGAGUGGCAGAAUAGCACAAUUGACAGUGAGGAUGGAGAGCAGUUUGACAACAUGACUGAUGGAGUAGCUGAGCCCAUGCACGGCAGCUUAACCGGAGUUAAACUGAGCAGCCAGCAGGCCUGAGGGCCUGGCUCCAUAACAAGAUGUGCUGCAGCCUGGACCUAGGCUCUUUUUCCAGUCUUGACUGCAAAGCUGCCUUCUAACUGGUACUGCCUUGCAAGGACUGGUCCGUCAGCAGGCUGUGGGGACAUAUUACCACUACAGUCUCGGUGGUGGUUUCUAAUUCUAUGACAUACAGUUGGUUGAUCUUGAAGACCUUUCUCUGGUAGACAUGGUGAAAUGUGAAAAGCCAAUAAGCUGGUGGCUCACAAUGCACACAGGGAAAAGCAGAAGUUUAUUUUAUCUGCCUUUACAACAUUUGUUUCCCUCUGUAAAAUGUUUGGUUGAAUGUCCUUGGAAAAUGUUACCAUGAUUCACAAUGGUAGUGUAGGGCCAACAUACAAGCUACCACUCUAAUGUGUAUAGUAGACUUUGGGAAAAUCGACCUUUUUUCAUGUACUCAUUCUGAAUAGUUGACAUGUAUAUUUGUACAGUCUUUUAGACCUACUCAAGUGAUGCUUAUGAUACUGUUACUGUGUGCCCAUCAUAGGUUUGUUCCCUUUUUUUUCUUUUUUUCUUUUUUUCAGUGUUGCCCUUGCUGUGUAAUAAAUGCUAUAUCUAGUUUACCUAGCAGAAGCUUGACCCUGCGCUAGUACGGACCUUUGGACAGACUUAGUUUUUGCACAUAACCUUGUACAAUCUUGCAGCAGAGGCCAGCAACGUAAGAUAUAUAUCUGGACUCUUCUUGUAUUAUAGAAUUUUUUUCUUGUUUUGAGUAUACUUGACAUUACAACUGUCAAAAAAACAAACUGGUUUUUUCAGAUCUCUUUGAGACCUUUUAAAGCUAAAAUCACAUGCAAGAAUUGACUUUACAGCUACUAAUUUUGACACCUUUUAGAUCUGUAAGAGUGUUGUGUUGAAGCAGCAAGCACAGUUAGUGCUGCAUUUGGGAUAUUUAGUUUUCUCUUGAGUUGAACACCACGUGGUGUUAUUCAUUUAUACCAUCUAAUAUAUGACACACUGUUGUAGUAUGUAUAAUUUUGUGGUCUUUAUUUCCCUUUGUAUUCCUUUUCAGCAUCUAAAUAAAUUGCUGUAUUGUGCUUAAUGUAAAUAUUUGGUUUAUUACACAUGACAGUCCUGUGAGUUUGUUAUAUCUUGUGCUGAUGCCACAGCACUCUGAGCAGAGACGGAAGCCACGGUCACCAAGGAAACUCAUGGAAAACCAAGAUCUACCAUUCGCAUAGAGCACACCUUUUCUUCAGGCACCUGAUGUGGAUCGUUUGGUUUGUGUGUGCACUUCUUUUCAUCACAUAAGUACACAUCCUGGAGUUUUGGGGGCCAUAUUUUGAUAAGGAGCAGGGCCUGGGUGUAUAUGUAAAUGUUUCAGUGGUCAAGAAAUAUAAAUGUAUAAGUUGGCAUUGAUUUGCAAGCAGGAUCUUCAUAUGCCCUGGUAGUCUGUCUUCUCUCUAAACUGCUCAUUUCCACCUCACCAUGGGAACAGUUGUAGUAAACAGGCAGUGAGUCUGCCUCUGUUGGAGGUCCUCUGACCAUUUGCUGUGAAGAGCAUGCAUUUAGGAGCAGUUGGCACUGGAGGAUCUGUAUAUUUUCUGUACAUAUAUUUCCAAGAACAACUCGAGCUAAAUGCAGAAUGCUGUAAAGAGAAUUAGUGCAGCAUUUGGGGUUGGUCAGCCAUCUCUGCAGGGGUUGGGGUAGGUCAGCCAUCUCUGCAGGACAUGGGCUUAGAGAAGUUCGAAGUGGCUGAUGUCUGUGACUUUUUAGCCCUUUCUAAGGGAAGACCUGUUAUCUAAGAUGGCCCAUCAUUUCCGUACUUGAAAACAGAAUAGGAAAAAGUACAAUUCUAGGAUAAACUAGGAUUUCUAGGGUACUUAUGGCUGGCUAGUAUCUUUUCUGAAUCAGUUUUGCUAAGAUCCAAACUGCACCAGCUAACAUGUAGAAUAAAAUUAUCUCCAAAUUAACAUGCAACAGAUUACCCAAUCAGAAACGCCUGCUGGUUAAAGCCAUCUCAUAUCUGUGAAACUUAACAGGAAGAGUAUAGCCUGAGUUCUGCAUGGAGGAUGGCAUUGGGGUCAAGGUAGGAGCCCACAGUUACAACUGGACAUCUGAUCAGAUGAAGGGAUUUAGCCACUUGAGUUGGAGAUUGCUAACUGGAAACAGUGCAGCAGCUUUUACAGUGUCUCAAUAAACAUCAUUUUGAAAGAA